GCCGAAUGCCCGGACAGUGAACAAUGGUCCCGCGGACGAGCUGCUGCUGCUGCUUCGCGCCAAGUUUAUUGUGAGGAGAAUUCCGUGUGUCCGGCGGCACAAUGUGGACACCGACAGACUGUGAGAAAUACGGCGUCGUGAUCUCGGGGUUUCGGGGAAUGGUCCCUCAUGGUUUACCGUUGGAAGUUGGGGACACCGUCCAAAUACUGGAGAAAUGUGAGGGUUGGUACAGAGGAUUUGUUUUUAAAAAUCCAAGCACAAAGGGAGUUUUCCCCGCUGCCUAUAUCCACUUGAAAAAUGCAAAUGUCAAAAACAGAGGGCAAUUUGAAACAGUUGUUCCAACUGAAGACACCGUCAUUACGGAGAUGACGGGGACUCUGCGGGAAUGGGGGAUCAUGUGGAAACAGCUUUACGUGAAGAAUGAAGGGGACUUGUUCCACCGGCUGAGGCACGUCAUGAACGAGUUGUUGGAUCUCCGUCAGCAGGUCCUGGUCGGGCACCUGACCCAUGACCGGAUGAAGGACGUCAAGAGGCACAUCACUGCCCGCCUGGACUGGGGCAAUGAGCAGCUGGGUCUGGAUUUGGUUCCAAGGAAAGAGUUCAGUAUGGUCGAUCCGGAAGAAAUCAGCGUGACAGAGCUGUACAGACUGAUGGAGCACAGACAUCGAAAGAAGGACACUCCCAUACCAACGAGCUCUCAUCACCUCUUCCUCCAGAUGAAGAGUUUGAUGUGUGCAAACCUGGGGGAAGAACUGGAGGUCUUCUUUUCAAUUUACGACAGCAGGGAAAAUCAGCCAAUCAGUGAAAGAUUCUUUGUAAAACUGAACAAGAAUGGUUUGCCGAAAUAUCCGGAGCGGAUGGAAAGGCAAUGCUCUCUCUUCAUUGAUUUGGGAAGCAGUGACCUUCGCAAGGAUAUCUACAUCACUGUUCACAUUAUACGACUGGGUCGGAUGGCAGCAGGGGAGAAGAAGAAUUCCUCGUGUGCUCAGUACCGGCGGCCCUUUGGCUGUGCAGUGCUGAGCAUCGCUGAUCUGCUCCAAACCGAGAGAGACUCCAGGGACUCCAAAGAGGACCACAUGCUUAAAGUCUACAUGUGUAAUACUGAGAGUGAAUGGUAUCAAAUACACGAAAACAUCAUCAAGAAGCUGAAUGCUCGCUACAAUCUGACCAGUUCCAACGCUGGUUUAUCUGUGGCCUUGCAGCUUCUACACGGAGACAUUGAUCAGAUCCGGAGAGAGUAUCGAGUGUUAUUCACGAGAGGAGUGGCCAUCACAAGGAAACUGGGCUUUUCAGAUAUUAUAAUGCCAGGUGACAUCAGGAAUGACCUGUACAUCACGUUAGAGCGAGGGGAAUACGAGAAGGGAGGCAAGAGUGUGGCCAGGAAUGUAGCUGUGACCAUGUGCGUGCUCGAUAGUGAGGGGCAGGUACUGAAGGAUUGUAUUACGCUGGGAUCUGGGGAGCUGCCAGUGAGUGAACACCACUCGUUUGUGCUCUACCACAACAACAGCCCCCGGUGGGGUGAGCUGCUGAAACUCCCCAUCCCUGUGGACAAGUUUAGGGGAGCUCAUGUCCGCCUGGAAUUCCGGCACUGCUCCACAAAAGAAAAAGGAGAAAAAAAGCUUUUUGGCUUCUCCUUUGUUCCACUGAUGCAGGAAGAUGGCAGAACGUUGCCAGAUGGUAUUCACGAGCUCUUGGUCCACAAGUGUGAAGAAAACACCAACUUUCAGGAUCCCACUCGCUACCUCAAACUUCAAUAUUGUAAAGGGAGCAACCAGCCAGUUAAAGCUUCCAAGGAAACAUUUUGGAUCUCGUCGUUUCUGUGUUCCACGAAACUCACUCAGAACGGAGAUCUGCUGGAUUUUUUGAAAUGGAGAGCCCAUCCCGAAAGGAUAAGUGAAAUCCUCUCAAAGUUCAAAGAUAUUGAUGGUGCAGAAAUCGUCAAAUUUUUGCAAGACACACUGGAUGCAUUGUUUGGAAUUUUGGAUGCCAAUCCCCAAAAAUAUGGAUUGAAGGUUUUUGAUUCAUUGGUUCAUAUCAUUAACUUGCUGCAGGAUAUCAAGUUUCAGCAUUUCAAGCCAGUCAUGGAUACGUACAUAGAAAGUCACUUUGCAGGAGCAUUAGCCUACAGGGAUCUUAUAAAAGUGUUGAAAAGGUACAUAGAUCGUUCAAUCGAAGCAGAGAGACAAGAGCAUAUUCAAGAUGUGCUUAGGGCACAGGAAUAUAUCUUCAAGUACAUAGUUCAUUCUCGAAGCCUCUACACUCUUGCAACUGGGGGGCAGAAUGAAGAAGAAUUUCGAAGUAGUAUUUAUGAACUCUUCCAGUCAGUGAGAUUUUUCCUUUCCAUUGAGAGCCAGGGAUCAUCUAACAUCACACAGACUCAGGCUGUGUUUCUCAGCUCUUUCCCAGCCGUGUACUCGGAGCUGCUGAAGCUGAUCGAUGUGCGAGAAGUUGCCAACCUGGUCCGAGACACUUUGCGCAGCAUGCCUGACAUCCUGCACGUGGAAUAUUCACUGGAGGCCAUCAAACUGCAGUGCAUCGCUAAAACUGUGGAAAGCCAGCUGUUUGCUAAUCCCGAUUCUCGCUACAUCCUCCUGCCUGUGGUCCUCCACCAUCUCCACAUGCACCUGCAGGAGCAGAAGGACCUGUUCAUGUGUGCCCGCAUCCUCAGUGCCAUGUUCUGCCUCAUCAAGAAGGAUGGCACCGAGGCCAAUGUUUCGGAGGAGGUGGAUGUGCUUGUGGACAGUUUGCUGGGCAUGCUGCUGAGAACCAUAUUAGACAUCAGCACCAGACCACAGCCCUCUGGGCCCACAGUGCGAUUCCAGUUUCAGGAUGUGACUGGGGAGUUUGUGGCGUGUGUGCUUGCUCUGCUCAGGCAAAUGACAGACAAACAUUAUCAGCAACUUCUGGAGCACUUCACCAGCAAAGAUGAUCUCAGGGAUUUUCUGCUGCAGAUUUUUACAGUGUUUAAAAUUCUUAUAAGGCCAGAGAUGUUUCCAAAGGACUGGACGAUAAUGCGAUUGGUAACGAACAAUGUGAUCAUCACUACUAUCUUGUACCUCUCUGAUGCACUGAGGAAGAACUUUCUGAACGAAAGCUUUGACUUCAAGGUGUGGGAUUCGUAUUUCUAUUUGGCCGUGAUAUUCAUCAAUCAGCCUUGCCUUCAGCUGGAGCUGUUUUCACCAUCGAAAAGGAAGAAGGUUCUGGAGAAGUACGGAGACAUGCGGGUAAUGAUGGGAUGUGAAAUCUUCAGCAUGUGGCAAAACCUUGGCGAGCACAAGCUGCACUUUAUUCCUGGUCUGAUUGGGCCGUUCCUGGAGGUGACCCUUGUGCCCCAGGCUGACCUCCGCAAUGUCAUGAUCCCUAUUUUCCAUGACAUGAUGGACUGGGAGCAGAGGCGGACUGGAAACUUCAAACAGGUGGAGGCAAAGCUGAUAGACAAACUAGACAGCUUGAUGUCAGAAGGCAAGGGUGACGAGACGUACCGGGAGCUUUUCAACAGCAUAAUACCACUUUUUGGGCCGUACCCUAGCCUGCUGAAAAAAAUCGAGAGAGAAACCUGGCGAGAAAGUGGUAUUUCUCUGGUAGCGACUGUCACUCGCCUAAUGGAAAGGUUGCUGGAUUACAGAGACUGCAUGAAAGUGGCGGAGGUAGAUGGCAAAAAGAUUGGCUGCACAGUUAGUCUGUUGAAUUUUUAUAAGACAGAAAUAAAUAAAGAAGAAAUGUACAUCCGGUACAUACAUAAGCUGUAUGAUUUGCAUUUAAAGGCGCAGAAUUUUACAGAAGCUGCCUACACCCUGCUGUUGUACGAUGAGCUCCUGGAGUGGUCAGAACGGCCGCUGCGAGAAUUCCUUCACUACCCCAUGCAAACAGAGUGGCAGCGCAAAGAGAUCCUCCAUCUCACCAUCAUCCAGAACUUUGACAAGGGCAAAUGCUGGGAAAAUGGGAUAAUUCUUUGCCGUGAAUUAGCUGACCAAUACGAGAGUUUCUACGAUUACCGCAACCUAAGCAAGAUGAGGAUGAUGGAAGCUGCUUUCUACGACAAAAUUAUGGACCAACAGCGUCUGGAACCUGAAUUUUUCCGGGUUGGAUUUUACGGGAAGAAAUUUCCAUUCUUCCUCCGAAACAAGGAAUUUGUUUGUCGUGGCCACGAUUACGAGCGGCUGGAGGCUUUCCAACAGCGAAUGUUGAACGAGUUCCCUCACGCCAUCGCCAUGCAGCACGCCAACCAGCCCGAAGAAACCAUAUUCCAGGCCGACGCGCAAUACCUGCAGAUUUAUGCCGUGAUUCCCAUUCCAGAGCACCAUGAGAUCCUGCAAAAGGAAGCUAUACCUGAUCACAUUAAGAGUUUUUACCGGGUCAACAACAUCUGGAGGUUCCGAUUUGACAGGCCAUUCCACAAGGGAAUUAAAGACAAAGAAAAUGAGUUUAAGAGUUUAUGGGUAGAGCGGACAUCGUUGACGUUAGUUCAGAGUUUACCUGGCAUCUCCCGCUGGUUCGAAGUGGAUCGGCGCGAAGUGGUUGAAAUGAGUCCCCUUGAGAAUGCGAUUGAGGUGCUGGAGAAUAAGAACCAGCAGCUACGGACUCUGAUCACCCAGUGUCAGUCAAGACAGAUGCAAAAUAUAAACCCCCUGACCAUGUGCCUCAACGGGGUCAUCGAUGCAGCAGUUAAUGGAGGACUUGCCAGAUACCAAGAGGCAUUCUUUGUGAAGGACUACAUUCUCAACCACCCUGAAGAUGGAGAGAACAUCUCUCGUUUGAGGGAGCUGAUGUUUGAACAGGCACACAUACUGGAGUAUGGCUUGGCUGUCCAUGAGAAGUUUGUGCCUCAGGACAUGAGGCCGCUGCACAAGAAGCUGGUGGAUCAGUUCUACGUGAUGAAGACCAGACUGGGUCUGCAGGACUUCCCAACCUACUCCAGAGUGAGUCCCAUCCACCUGACUAACGGCAGCCCACGCACCUGUCGUAACCCAACCCUGGGUGCCGUUAGCCCAGACGGAGCCAGAAUUGUCAACAGACGCAGCCCGUUGAGUUAUCCAGCGUUCAACAGAUACUCCUCCUCAUCCUUAUCAUCGCAAGCAUCAGCUGAAGUCAGUAACAUCACCGGCCAGUCUGAAAGCUCAGAUGAAGUCUUUAAUAUGCAGGCAAGUCCUUCUACCUCGAGUUUAAGUUCCACACAUUCAGCCUCGCCCAACGUGACAAGCUCUGCUCCAUCCAGUGCCAGAGGCUCCCCACUGCUCUCUGAUAAGCACAAGCAUUCAAGAGAGAACACCUGCCUCUCUCCCAGAGAUCGGCCAUGCAGUACCAUUUAUCCAAUAUCCAUGGAGCCAAUACAGCAGACACUAACCCAGCAAAUUGGUGACUCCUGCAUGCCUCGAAGCGAUCCCAAAUUAUCUGCACCUGACAAAGUGAUGAACCCAACUCCAAGUAGUUGGAGCCUGGACAGUGGUAAGGAAGGUCGCACCUGUGUCCCGGACAAUGCAAGAUUAGUGUCUCCACCUGUCCCACCCCGGCCAUCACACACAGGUUCACCUGCAAAGACGUACAGAUCUUUCUCCCCACAGGCCUUUGAUACGCCACCAGCACUUCCCAGAUCUCCUCAUAAGGGUUCUGUCCAUUCAUUGACUCCUUCACCCACUGAGUAUCAGUCGCUGGGUCCGGUUUACAGCUCUCCCGUGCUGUCGGGAAGCAGCAGCAGUGGCAUCUCCUCACUGGGCAGGGGAAGUGUGACUGAGACCACCCUGACCGAUGGAACCAUCACCUGCACCUUAAUUGGCUCGGAGGAAUUAAUUAAAAAGGAGAACGGGACCUUUGCUUGCAUGCCACCGCGCUACAACUUAUCGGAUCAACACCAUACCGGGACGUCCAGGCGUCGAGCCCCUCUGCCUCACAGCCUGUCGGUUCCACCCAGUGGAGAACCCCCUGCUCUGCCCCCCAAGCCCCACAUUCUGCGAGUACAUCGCUCGGAAGGAGAGAACAGAAUGGAGGAAAUCCUGGUCAGGCCCCGAUCACAACCGCGCAAGGUGUCGCAACUAUAGAGCAGCUGACAGGAGUCAUAUGUGGUCUCUGCAGAGCAAUGUAUGUAAGCAGUUCAACUCUAAAUGUUAACAUGACCAAAAGCAUCCAGGUGGGCACCUUAACGCCAAACAAUCAAAGACCACUUGUGUGACCGAGAUUCUGUAAAUAUAUAUUUAAAUGGUUUUAUACAGAGGGUCAGGGUGGAGAAAAUUGUAAAUUUGCAGGUUACCAGCGAACAGCAACGUUACUGCUAUUAAGAUGCAUGCCUUGGAUUCUAGAAUCAUUAGUCUGGGUGAAUGACUGAGGCAAAGGCAACUAUGCCUCAAUUACUGUUAAUGCACUCAUAGGACCACACACACGCACGCCACAGAUACACACGCGUGCACACACACACACACACACACCCACGCCACAGAUACAUACACGUGCACACACACACACACACACACACACACACACACGCCACAGAUACCACGCGUGCACA